AUGGAAUUGUCCUUAGAGGAAUUACGCAGAAAAAAAUUAACCAAUUUAUCACAAAGCCCUUUUCAACAAACUAAAUUUUCUAUAACUAGCAGUGCCGAAAAAAUUAUUAACUUAUUUUCUCAAUUCAAUAAAGAAGAACUAGCAACAAAAAAACAAAAAGUAAAUAUAGCAGGAAGAAUACUAAGAAUAAGAAGUUUUGGCAACUUAACUUUCUCUAAUUUAGUUGACCAAACUGGAACUAUUCAGUUAAAAGUUAGUAAAAAUAAAGAGUUCAUGGGGUUAGAUAUUGGCGACAUAAUUGGUAUAAAAGGGACUAUUUGUAAAACCGAUAAAGGCGAAUUAAGUGUUGAAGUAGAAGAAUUUGUUUUAUUAAGCAAAUGUUUAAAACCACUCCCGGACAUUCAUUACGGAUUUAACGACACCGAAGAAAGAUUUCGUAAGCGCUACUUAGACUUUAUUAUCAAUUCUGAAAACAAAAAAAUUCUAAUUACUCGGCAUAAGAUAAUCCAAAGCAUUCGCCAAUUUUUAGAGCAAAAAGAAUUUAUUGAAAUUGAAACUCCUGUUUUAGUUUCUGAGGCUUCUGGAGCGCAAGCCAAACCUUUCAUUACUCAUCAUAAUAAAUUACACCGAAAUUUUUACUUACGAAUUGCUACUGAAAUCCCAUUAAAAACACUUUUGGUAGGAGGAUUCGAAAAAGUUUAUGAAAUAGGAAGAAUAUUCCGAAAUGAAGGAAUAGAUGCUCGUCAUAACCCAGAAUUUACUACCAUUGAAGUUUACCAGGCCUAUGAGAAUUCUGAAUAUAUGAUGAAUUUAACUGAGGAAGUAUUUCAUUAUUUAUCCAAAAAAAUCCUUAAAAAAGAAGAGAUUGAAUUUAAUUCUCAUGUCAUUAGUCUUAAAAAUCCUUUUCGCAAAUUGUCAAUGAUAGAGGCAGUUAAGGAACAUACUGGAAUAGAUUUUUCCCACAUAAAUAAUUUAGAUAAAGUCUUAGAAUUAGCUAAAAAACAUAACUUAAAAUUAGAAAAAUUUCAAAAAACUAUCGGGCACGUCAUUUUGGCCUUUUUUGAAGAAUUUGUGGAAAAAAAAUUAGUUCAGCCAACUUUUAUUUAUGAUUAUCCAAUUGAAGUUUCUCCCUUAGCCAAAAGUAAAUUAGACAAUAAAAAUAUUGCUGAUAGAUUUGAACUUUAUAUUGGCGGAUUAGAGUUUGCUAAUGGAUAUAGUGAGUUAAAUGACCCGAUUGAGCAAAAGAAAAGGCUUGAAGAACAAACUAAACAAAAAGAGUUAGGUAAUGAAGAAAUUGCCAGUUUUGAUAAAGAAUUUUUAGAAGCCUUGGAGUACGGAAUGCCACCAGCCGGAGGAUUAGGGAUUGGGAUUGAUAGAUUAAUAAUGUUAUUUACCGGUCAAAAUAGUAUUAAAGAGGUGAUUGCUUUUCCACAACUAAAAAGCAAAGAAAGUUAA